CCUUGAGGUUACUCGGGUGCAAUUCCAGAAUAAUUGUGAGUCAGGUGACGAGCGGGGCUUCCCUCGCGGUGCCCACCUCCUCCACGCCUGGCGAAUGAUCAUCGGGAAGUGCCUCCUAGAAGUUUUCUUGUUCUUCUCCAAAACGGUCAUUUGAAAGAUACCUGACAGUCUUCGGAGGUGGCGGCCCUGGCUCUUCACCUCUGCUUUUAAAAAGUUUUUAGAGAAGCGAGCGGAAAGACUCUUCGUUCUUAGAGAGUGGAGUAAAGACUGCAAGCAAGCUAGCCCUGUCCAUGGCGCCCAAGGGCAACAGCGUGCUGCACCUGCCUCUGUGGGUGUGCCCGGACUGCCGGCGCACCGUGGAGAACGAGGAGCGGCGCGGCAGCCUCGACCCGCCGGCGCAGGGUCAAGACUUCCUUCUUCACUCCCCGCUCGGCAGCUCACAGCCCGAGGCUGGUGGCGGGAGGCUCACCCUGGGCGCUCAGCCGUUACCCACAGCCACCCCCUCGGACACCGCGUGCGCCUGCGAGGCCUGCAGCGAGCGCAGGGAGAUUUCGGCAGAGGCGGAGCGGGAACCUCAGCAGCUGCAGAACUACUGGUCGGAAGUGCGCUACACAGUCCGCUGCAUCUACCGGCAGGCAGGCACCCCGCUGGCGGACGACCAGGACCAGUCUCUGGUGCCCGACAAGGAGGGGGUGAAGGAGCUCGUGGACAGGCUCUGCGAGCGGGACCCCUACCAGCUGUACCAGCGGCUGGAGCAGCAGGCCAGAGAGUACGUGCUAGAGAUGAAGGUCCGGCUCCUGCGGCAGCUGUCGGCCGCGUCCAGGGUGAAGUCGCCGUCCGCCCUGCAGGGCCCCCCGCAAGCGCACCAGUUCAUCUCCCUGCUCCUUGAGGAGUACGGUGCCCUGUGCCAGGCGGCGCGCACCAUCAGCACCUUCCUCGGCACCCUGGAAAAUGAGCACUUGAAAAAGUUCCAGGUUACGUGGGAGCUGCACAAUAAGCACCUCUUUGAAGAUCUGGUCUUUGCGGAGCCACUUCUCCAGAGCAGCCUGCCGGCACUGGUGUCACAGAUCAGGCUGGGGACCACGACGCACGACACCUGCAACGAGGACACGUACAGCACCCUGCUGCAGCGGUACCAGCGCUCCGAGGAGGAGCUGCGCGGGGUGGCCGAGGAGUGGCUGGAGUGCCAGAAGAGGAUCGACGCCUACGUGGACGAGCAGAUGACAAUGAAAACCAAACAGCGCAUGCUAACAGAAGACUGGGAGCUUUUUAAACAAAGGCGAUUCAUGGAAGAGCAGUUGACGAACAAGAAGGCCGUCGCUGGCGAGAACAGCUUCACGGACACCAUGAGGCACGUGCUGUCGUCGCGACUGAGCAUGCCCGACUGCCCCAACUGCAACUACAGGAGGAGAUGUGCUUGCGAUGACUGCAGCCUCUCACACAUCCUCACUUGUGGUAUCAUGGACCCCCCCGUCACUGGCGACAUCCACAUUCACCAGCUACCACUCCAGGUGGACUCUGCUCCCGACUAUCUCUCUGAGAUGCGCCCACCUAGCGUGUCAUCAGCAAGCUCAGGGUCAGGUUCCAGCUCUCCCAUUACAGUUCAGCAACAUCCCAGACUCAUCCUCACAGACAAUGGCUCUGCACCAACUUUUUGUAGUGACGAUGAAGAUGUUGCGCCGUUGUCAGCUAAGUUUGCUGAUAUUUAUCCGCUGAGUAACUAUGAUGAUGCCGAGGUGGUGGCCAGCAUGAAUGGAAUCCACGGUGAACUGAAUGGUGGCGGGGAAAACAUGGCCCUGAAGGACGAGGUAUGGGCAUGCGUCUUCAUAGUGACAUCCCCUCAGGUAAGCAGUACCAGCAGUAGUUCUUCAGAGGCUGAUGACGAGGAGGCAGACGGCGAAAGUAGUGGGGAGCCCCCGGGAGCCCCGAAGGAAGACACAGCUCUAGGAGACGGGAGCCCUGGGAAGGAGGAAAGUAAAGUGGACAGUCCACCCCCGUCUUACUCAACUCAGCAGGCAGAGCAAGCUCCAAACACUUGUGAAUGUCACGUCUGUAAACAAGAGGCGUCUGGAUUGACGCCGUCGGCAGUGACCGCUGGAGCCCUUCCUCCCGGCCACCAGUUCCUGAGCCCCGAGAAGCCCACACACCCCGCUCUGCAUCUUUACCCCCACAUCCAUGGACAUGUGCCCUUGCACGCCGUCCCACACCUGCCUCGCCCUCUCAUCCACCCCACCUUGUACACAGCGCCCCCCUUCACACACAGUAAGGCUUUACCGCCAGCACCUGUUCAGAAUCACACAAAUAAACAUCAGGUAUUCAAUGCAUCUCUUCAAGACCAUAUUUAUCCGAGCUGUUUUGGGAAUACUCCAGAGUGGAAUAGUUCUAAAUUUAUAAGUCUUUGGGGAUCAGAAGUGAUGAAUGAUAAGAACUGGAAUCCUGGCACUUUCUUGCCAGAUACAAUUUCUGGGAAUGACAUAUUAGGGCCAACACUCUCAGAAACAAGACCUGAAGCUCUUCCACCUCCAUCUAGCAAUGAAACGCCUGCAGUUCCGGAUAGCAAAGAGAAAAAAAACGCUGCGAAAAAGAAAUGUUUGUACAAUUUCCAAGAUGCUUUUAUGGAAGCAAACAAAGUUGUGAUGGCCACGUCGUCAGCCACCUCCUCCGUGUCCUGCACGGCCACCACGGUGCAGUCGAGCAACAGCCAGUUCAGAGUGUCGUCCAAGAGACCGCCCUCCCUCGGUGACGUCUUUCACGGCAUCAACAAGGAGGAUCACAGGCACGGGGUGCCGGCGGCCCCGAGGAACAGCCCCACAGGUCUGGUGCCGCUUCCUGCCCUCCCUCCCGCCGCCCUCUCUCCAGCUUCCGCGCCUCACCUUGCCAGUCUCGCAGCCCCGUCCUUCCCCAAAACGGCCGCCACCUCUCCCGGGUUUGCGGAUUCACGCAAGAGCUUCUGUCCUGCUCCCGUGGCCCCCACCACAGACGGCUCCGUCAGCGCGCCUCCCAGCGUCUGCAGCGACCCCGACUGUGAAGGGCAUCGCUGCGAGAACGGCGUCUAUGACCCGCAGCAGGACGACGGAGACGAGACUGCGGAUGAGGACAGCUGCUCCGAGCACAGCUCCAGCACCUCCACCUCCACCAACCAGAAGGAGGGCAAGUACUGUGACUGCUGCUACUGUGAGUUCUUCGGGCAUGGCGGGCCUCCCGCUGCGCCAACAAGUAGAAAUUAUGCAGAAAUGAGGGAAAAGCUUCGUUUACGGCUGACCAAGAGGAAGGAAGAGCAGCCUAAGAAAACGGAUCAGCUCUCAGAAAGGGAGAGUGUGGUUGACCAUCGCAGGGUGGAGGACCUGCUCCAGUUCAUAAACAGCUCGGAGACCAAGCCCGUGAGCAGCACGCGGGCCGCCAAGCGUGCACGGCAUAAGCAGAGAAAGCUGGAGGAGAAAGCACGCCUGGAAGCGGAGGCCCGGGCCCGGGAGCACCUGCACCUGCGAGCGGAGGAGCGGCGGCGGGAGGAGGAGCAGCAGCGGCUGCAGGAGGAGCUCCAGAGGCUGCAGGAGCUUCAGAAGCUGAGGGCCGUGAAGAAGAAGAAGAAGGAGAGGCCAAGGAAGGCCUGUCCCGAGCUGGACAUGCUCGCUCGGAGUCUGCAGGCGGCCGCGGAGGCUGUGCCCGGCUCUGAGAGCAUGCACAACGGCUCGCUGGAGCCGAGUGAAGACCCGGAAACCUCCUCUUGCUCCCCCUCCAGACACGUGGACCAUAGAGACACGGGGCCGGGGCCGGGGGCCGACGCGGACACCCCCGACCCCGUGGCCGCCAGAGACUCCAAGCUCCUUCUGCCGAAGGGGGUCAACGGGAAGCAGCAGCAGCCGCUGUCCUUCCUCCUGGACAUGAUGCAUCAGCACAAGGAGGGAAACAGCAAACAGAAGCUGAAGCACAGCAGUAAAGCGGGCGGCGAGCCGGCGAGGAAGCCCUUGGAGCCCCCCAGAGCCUCAGAGGCCCAGCCCCGGCCCCGGCCCCAGGCUGAGUCAAAGGCCAGAGUGCUUGACCUCACGCCCCUGGCGGAGCACAGAAGGGAGGAGAGGAAAGUCAACAGCAACAACAACAACAGAAAGCAGCUGAACCACGUCCGGGAGGAGAAGCCGAGCCCGGGCCCCGCAGAGCCCGCCGCGCCCAGCGAGCACCCGCAGAGUGGCAAGCCGGUGCCAGACUCUCCGCAGCCCAAGGGCAAGAGCAAGAAAAGCAAGAAGAAGAAGGGAGACAGAGGCAGCGGCUCAAUCGAUGAUGUCUUUCUGCCUAAAGAUAUCGACCUAGACAGUGUGGACAUGGACGAGACAGAGAGGGAAGUGGAAUAUUUCAAAAGGUUCUGUUUGGAUUCCGCUAGGCAGACCCGACAGAGACUGUCCAUCAACUGGUCCAAUUUCAGCUUGAAAAAAGCCACCUUUGCUGCCCACUGAACGAGGACCGCCUGGAGAGGGACACGUGGGCGGUGGGCCGGGCCCGGAGCUGCCGUGCCUGCCCCGGGCUGUGCGGGUGGGCCGCCGCACCCGAGCCCCCUCCCGACCGAGAACUUGCUGCUCGACCCGCAUUGUUAGCUCGUGUGCGUGUAGUCUGUGAGUGAGCCGCCUUGACCGUAGCUCUGCCGUCGGAUCGGAACAGUAGCUCUGCCACCUUCUCCACCGCCGCGGCCUCGGAGGCCUGGGCCGCGGCCGGACGGGUUCGCAUCCCCACGUGGCCCGUUGCCUCUGUGUCUCGCCCUGUCCCGCCACCUGUCCUGCCGGGGUGUCGCUGCGCUCAGCUCUCUGUGCCCUGCGUCCCACCCGAGGCGGCCGGGCAGGGCAGGGCUCUCCGUUCUCCUCCACAAUCUACUGUUUAAGAGUGUACACGUCGCGCUGUCCGUGUCUGAUCCCCCUGACUUGUAGCCAGCUUGUGUAAGAUCCCUUGCAGAAUGAGAAAGUUCAAACACAAAGCACCCACCCAGUACUCACACCAUCAAGUCUGUUAGAGUGUUCGGCUGUAUUAACACGGAGGCCUGCCUGGCUACUUUUUUAACAUAUUGUUAAGUAAUAUUAAAAUCAUGUCUUUCUUUUUGAAAGAUGGAAUACAUUAGUACAGCAGGA